CUCCGUUCUUUCAUGAAGAGCAGUACAAGGCUUCUGUUAUCAUGACUGGAGAGUCAAAUCAGACGGUCGUUACCGAUGAUGAUCACGGUGCCAUCUUGGCAAUUGUUACCUGGUGUUUGGGCUGCAUUUUGAUUUUUGCUACUGCAUUACGUAUUGGGACGCGAUUUCUGACAAAGAACGGCCCUUAUGUGGAUGACUUAUGUGUCAUUAUUGCUGUAGCAAUCGCCAUCGGUGGUAUGGUCGUCGUGUCCUUCGCUGUACAGUCUGGCCUGGGGAAACGAUACUCUCAACUGAGUGCGGAUCGCCGUGAUGAAAUACAGAAAGAAUGCUAUAUCGUUACCAUACUAUAUGUAUUGAGUGUCGGCAUCUCGAAACUAUCUGUCAUGGCAUUCCUCGACAGGCUCGCCUGCACGCGUUUACAACGACUUUGUGUGACCGUACUCAGUAUUCUUGUCUUACUCUGGACUAUCUCAGUCACCUUGGUCGUUGUGUUUGCUUGCGGACUACCUCAACCAUGGGGGUUCUACCAGAACCACUGCAUAGAAGUUUUGCCCUUCUGGUUCUCCGCUAGUGCAAUCGACGUCUCGACGGAUGUUAUCAUGAUACUGCUACCCAUUCAAAUUGUUGCUGGACUGGACAUCAAAACAAAGAAGAAGUUGAUUGUAAUGGCCAUCUUCACCCUUCGAUUAUUUUUGAUGGGCCUAUCCGUCAUCCGCGUUGUCCUCAUGCGUGCCUAUCUUCCCGAAGGCGCGGACCUGUCUUUCGAUAGCAUCCCUUUCCACACUAUAACACAAGCUCACGCAGCUCUAUCGAUAACUCUCGCUUGCGGACCGGCUUUCAAACCAUUUCUACACAAUAUUCGAACCAGUAUGCUGAGUUCUCGAUUAGCGAGGCGUAGGACACAAAGUUCAUUUGGGCAUGAUUCAUACGUCUCGAAAAGUCUUGUUGAUGGUACACAAGGCAGUAAAACCACGAAGAGCCUCAGAAGAUACUCACCGGUUGAUUGGCAUUUUGUGUCAAAUGACAAUCAUUCAUCACCCACUCGAGCCGAACCUGCUCCACUGGCCAAUGGCUACCAUAGCUGCGCGUUGCUGCACGAAAGGCAUACACUAUCUACACUCAGAACUAGUGAAGGAUCUUUCUCUAAUGAUAUGAAAAGCGCGCCACCGAUACGUCCGCCACCUCCGCCUGAUGAGCUAAGGCCUGAUCUUUCCAUCUUCGGACCAAGGAUUCUGCCAGGAUGUACCGACCCAGAAAUGCAUGCUAGUAAGACGGAGAACGACCUAGAAAGCAGGAAAAUUUAUGAGGGCCAGUCAAGGGAUAAGGAGAUGGCCAGGAGACCUGUGGAUCAUGAGUAUUCUAGAAAACGAAAGGAACACGCUUGAACCGAGGUGUAGCUAUUUUCCGGAAACGAAUUGCAACAUCUAUUAGGAAUGGCGACAUACUAUUACUUGCUCUAUCCGAACAUUAGUCGCUCCUGAGGUAGAACCGAAAAAUAUCAUUGUCAUCUUCAGAUUCCGUUAUUUGGAUGGUGUUUUUUUUCGGACCUUGAUCGCCCUUCCAUCUAUCCCAAACAUAAUUCUUGAACAUGAGCAUAUCAUUAAUGCUCCCAGUGCAAACAGGAGGCAUGUUUGUGAAUGUAUAUACAAUAGACAGAUUGCCUACUCAGUACCG